GCUCUCCACGCCUCAUCAACCUUCAAGGAGCUCUCCUUGGGUAAAGCCAUGGUCGCAUAGCGACAAACGCAUAUUCAAAUGAAUCUACCCCCGCACUAAUACCAACCAUGCUGUCUGCUUUCACCGCUCGACCUAUUGUCGAGCUCAAGCAGCGCGACAAGUCCAAGAUCGAGUCCAUCCUCGCCUAUGGCGACCGCGUGCUUGUAGGACUCAAUACUGGGUCUCUGCGCAUCUACCGUAUCAACGAACAAAUCGAAGACACCGAAUCCGACCAGAAUGGCGACCAGAAUGUCGAUGAGGCCGAACCUUCCACGCCCAAGAGCAGAGCUGCAGAUCUCCUUCGCGAAGAGGAGAAGUUCUCGCGUCGCCCGAUACAGCAACUAGCCAUAAUCAAAGAAGCCAACAUCCUAGUCUCAUUAUCAGACGGCCAUGUCUCGAUCCACGAUCUGCAGACAUAUGCCUUGCAGGAGAAGUUGGAGAAGACAAGGGGCGCAACAACUUUUGCUGCAGCUAGCAAUAUUGUCAAGGACCCUGCUACUGGCAUACCCUCGAUAGUAAGCAGGCUGGCUGUUGCGGUGAAGAGGAAGAUUAUACUCUGGACGUGGCAGGAUAUGGAAAUCACUGGGGACGCGAUAGAGAUCUCGCUCAUCGCUUCUGUCAAGAGCUUGACGUGGGCGACGGGGACGAAAAUCGUGGCCGGCAUGGACCCAGGCUUCGUCAUGGUUGACAUUGAGAGCCAGGAGGUCCAAGACAUUGUAAAACCAGGCGCACUGGGAGAGGCUGGCGGUCAAGGAGGCGCACGCUUCGGCGCUGUAUCCUCGUCGGGUAUGGGAUACAUGGGUAUGGGUAGCUGGGUCCCCAAGCCUCUUGCAACUCGACUCGGAGAGGGAGAGAUGCUGCUCGCAAAGGAUGUGAACAGCUUGUUCAUCGAUACGGACGGAAACGCCAUAGAGAAGCGCCAAGUGCCCUGGCCAUCGGCUCCUGAGACGAUCGCCUACUCGUAUCCUUAUAUGCUUGCGCUGCAGCCGCCAUCGAAAGGGAGUUUGGAAAUCAGAAACCCAGACACACUCAACUUGCUGCAGUCGAUAUCUCUACCAAACGUCAACUUUCUCCACGUACCGCAACCAAACAUUAGCUUGGCUCAUGCUGGCAAAGGGUUCCUCGUCGCAAGCGACAGAUGCAUAUGGCGGAUGGGAGCGCAGAGCUACGAGACACAAAUCGAUGAGCUUGUUGCCAGCGGGCGCUAUGAUGAGGCUCUGAGUCUGCUCAAUAUGCUUGAAGACACUCUAUUACUUGAUAAGGAAGACAGAGUACGAAACAUCCAGAUGCACAAAGCACAGGCCCUCUUCGACCAGAAGAAGUACCGUGAAGCAAUGGACCUGUUCACAGACGCCAAGGCCCCGCCUGAGCGGGUCAUCGCGCUGUAUCCACGAUCUAUCGCCGGUAACCUCGUAGCAGAGGAGAGCGUAAAGGGUGAAGGAAGUGUAGUCGACGAGGAAGAGACGAAUGGCGACAAGCCUGCAAUUGAAAGCAAAGAAGGUACACCCGCUGCUGUAUCUACAAUUGGUCGAUCAAUGAUGGGCCGACUAGUUGGCAGCGGACUCAAAAAGGUAGACUCUGACGCCGCCUCUAUCCGCACCUCAUCGGUCAAGGAUGAUGCGGCUGAGACGGCGAGCAUCAAGCGCAAGACGACAGACCCAACGCAGCCCGAUAAGCAACUUGCAGAAAAGGACUUCAAAGAAUCUGUCCGCGCGCUACAGUCAUUCCUGGCCCAAUGUCGUGUUCAAAUCAAGCGCUACAUCGACACAGACGGAAAUCUGAGGGAGCCACUGCCUGAAAGGAGCGAUAGUCAGCCUGAAGACUACAAGCCGCCUUUUUAUUACUUCAUAGAGGAGACAUCGGCACAGGGGCAGGUCGACUGGAAAGCCAAGCUCUUGGAUGUAGCGCAGCUUGUGGAUACUACGCUCUUCCGCGCCUACAUGAUUGCAAGCCCCAGUCUUGCUGGGCCUUUGUUCCGCCUCCCAAAUUUUUGCGAGCCGGAUGUCGUACAGGAGAAGUUAUACGAGACGGGCCGCUAUGCAGAUCUAAUCGACUUCCUGCACGGCAAAAAGUUGCAUCGACACGCUUUGGAAUUGCUAGAGAAAUUCGGCAAAAACGAGGCAGACGAAGAAGUCUCGCCCGCACUGCAAGGCCCACAGCGUACUGUCGGCUACCUCCAACAACUACCGCCCGAAAUGAUUGACCUAAUCCUGGAAUUCGCCGAAUGGCCACUGCGAGAUGACCCAAAGCUAGGCAUGGAUGUGUUCCUAGCGGAUACGGAGAAUGCUGAAACGCUGCCGAGGGAGAAGGUGCUCGAAUUUCUAGAGCGGAUUAGUUCCAAGCUUGCGGUAAGGUACCUGGAGCAUAUCAUCGAGGAGUUGAACGACGCAGCACCAGAUUUUCACCAGAAGCUUGUUGAUCUGUUCCUUGAGAGACUGAAGGCUGGAGAGUUUGAAAAUGAUGAGGAGAAAGUGGAGUGGAGGGAGAGAUUGGAGGAAUUCCUGAGGACGAGUGUGCAGUAUAACAAGUAUCGUGUGUUUCAGCAGUUGCCGUUGAACGAUCCUGACUACUACGAGACACGAGCUAUCGUACUGAGCAAGAUGGGGCAGCACAAACAAGCAUUGCAGAUCUACGUCUUCCAGUUAAAAGACUACCAGAAAGCUGAAGAGUGAGGUU